UGACCGCGUUUCGACUGCAUCGAUUCAUCAUGGUUCUUCAAACUCGAUUCGUCGUCUUUCUACUUCUCUUCGCUGCUGCCUUCGCAAGCCCCCUCAAUGCCGUGGGAGACAACAGCGUCAGAUCUGAGAAGCUGUCGGCUAAAAUCAACAAGUUGUUCGACAUGAUGUUACCCUCGGUUCAUGACUUUAUCGUGAAGCACGGACUGGACCCUCUGAAACUGGAGGAUUUAUCUGAAAGACUGGAAGGGAUCAUAAUUCAUAACAGAGUUCUCAACCUGACGAACGGCUGGCUCCAAGGGCUAUCGAACGUUAGACGAGCGGACGAUAUUAUUUUGUCUUAUCAAGAUAAGGUUGUGACCGUGGAUGCAACCUUAGCGUUCGACGUUGUUGACGCCAGUUACAAAUAUCUUCUGAAGGACUUGCUAAUCUCGAGGAAAGGAGAGGUUCAUGGUCGUAUCAGCAACAUGCAACUGCGAAUCACCAUUGAACUCGAUAUGAACAGCUACAAACUUGCUAUGCCCACGGCUAACAUCGUCAAAGCCGACAAAUUCAACGUCAUUUUCGAGGGCAAUAAAGACGAUCCGUUGCUGAACGCUGUGGCCAAAGCUAUUACCGACAUAUUUCGUACAAACAUCAUAAGCAUAGUGAACAAAGAAUUUCCGAAAGAGGUGAAGAAGUUAAUUAACGAAAUCAACAAAAAGAUUCCGCGACCGGACCGACUAUUUGACUAUAAACCUAACCUGUAGCAUUUUCUUUUCGGAUGUAAAAAGAUUGAAAAUUAAUAAAAAGCGUUUACAUCUUUUCUUUUUUUCUAUACGUGCUUCUAUCUGGAAAAUCGAAAGAUCGACGUUCGCAGAUGAAGCAGGAUAAACCUGAUUUACCGACAGUCCGUACACGUACGGAAUCAACACUCGAUUUUAGUUGGACAAAAAUAUUAAUAAAUAUCUAUUUAUCAAAAUAUUCUACGUACAAGUCAUUAUAAUUUGAAUGAUAGUCAAAGUAGGUAGAUUUAUGCGAUUAUAUUUAGACAGAAAUUAAUAUCAAUAUUGACGUAUUUUUCAAAUGGCUCAAACGAAAUCUGUCAUACCGACUGGUUCGAUUGUCACAUUGGUGAAGUUGCAACAGUUAAAUGAAAAUAAUACAAAUAAUAAAAUCAUACAAUUACAGAUACAUAAUAUUUCACCAACAUGUAAUAUUUCUAAAUAACUACAAUAAAUAAUAUUUCUAUGACACGCAACUGUCAUUUCAAACAUCUCGCCGGGAGUAUCGAGAUUUCGAUUCGUAGGAAACAUUUUAACUAAAGACUAAAUACCAAGCUCCUCAUCGUCCGACGAGUCAUCUGCAUGCAAUAAUUUGACCGUCGUAUUCAUAUAUACACGUGUGCAUAUUUUACGAAAACGACACAAUCUCGAGUCGGAUCGAAAAUCAAAGUGAAAACGAGUAGAAAGAUUAAAAGGUGGAAUUCGAGUUGAAUGGAAUCGAAUGGAAUCGAAUGUGGCAAGGACGAGUAGAACCGGACACUAAUGGCAGGAUAAUCGCAGGGUUAUGCGGCGUGCGAGUUACCAGUGGCACGCAAGCAAGCAGGCAGCAAGCAGCAAGUGACAGGCGUUGCCGGUGAGCAAGAGGCCAAGAGGCGAACGCCGAACGGAUCGCUGCGGAUCCGAGUGAGGCCGAGUCGGGCCGAGCCGAGACGAGCCGUGCCGACAAGUACCGAACCAAGGGCGCAGGACGCUUGUUUAGUGACAAAUGCACGCA